AAUGCGGGACUGGGUUCUGUCGUCCGUCCCGCACCGCGUCUUCCGGCUUCUUGGCGCUGUUUAUGUCCUUUGCUGCAGCGCGUAGUUACAGAUGUCAUUGUGUUAAAGGUGCGGACAUGUUGCUCGCCGAUGUUCCACGCCUCGCCUUUGUUUUAGUGGCUUUAUUUGGGCUGGUGACGUGUGGAGAUGCAGGAGGAGAGCAGCGCCUCAGAGGGGAGCGCGCGGAGGGACCGCAGCUGCUCACGUCCAACUCGUCGGACUCCGCGGCGCUCACCUCGGGCUUCGUGGCCUGCGUGGUGUCCGUCACCUUCUUCGGGAGCAACUUCGUCCCCGUGAAGAAGAUCGACACCGGAGAUGGCAUGUUCUUCCAGUGGGUUCUGUGUGCUGCUAUAUGGACUGUGUCUCUGGUGGUCAACAUUAUUCUCAACUCCCCCAAAUUUUGGCCGCUGGCCAUGCUGGGCGGUGCCAUCUGGGCGACCGGUAAUAUCACCGUAGUACCGAUUCUGAAGACCAUUGGCCUUGGGCUGGGCAUUCUCAUCUGGGGAUCAUUUAAUUUACUCAUGGGCUGGGCAAGUUCAAGAUUUGGCUGGUUUGGAAUUGAUGCCCAAGAAGUGGCGAAGCCUGUGUUGAACUACUGUGGUGCUGGGUUAUGUUUAUUAAGUGCCAUAAUAUUUUUCUUUGUCAAAACUGAAGUGCAAGUGUCGAAUAAUUCAGAGGAGACGCCCUUGCUUAUUAACAGUAGAGCCGAUUCAGAUGGUCUGGGAACCACGGAUGAAUCUUGGGUGGACAGACUUUCUCCGAGGCUCAAGCGCAUCAUAGGCUCCGGCCUUGCCGUCGUCUCCGGGCUGUUGUACGGCUCCUCGUUCGUUCCUGUGCUUUAUAUCAAAAACCAUGGAGCGAGGAACGACAGCGCCUUCGCUGGGGCCAGUCAGUUUGAUCUUGACUAUGUUUUUGCACAGUACAGUGGAAUUUUCCUCACCAGCACAGUUUAUUUUCUCGUUUACUGCGCCUUCAUGAAGAAUAAACCCAAAGUUUACUCGAAAGCAAUACUGCCAGGCUUUGCCUCUGGAGUGAUGUGGGGCAUAGCCACGUGCUGCUGGUUCCUCGCAAAUAACUACCUCAGUGCUGUGGUCAGCUUUCCCAUCAUCACAGCUGGUCCUGGCUUAAUCGCUGCAAUGUGGGGAGUUCUCAUUUUCAAAGAAGUUAGAGGAUUACGGAACUGUUUGAUACUGGUUCUGGCUUUCUGCAUUGUUCUGGCUGGAUCACUGCUCACUGCCUUUUCCAAAGUGUGACUGAAGCUGUGAGGCGCGGCCGCGAGGGGGUGCUGUCGGACUGCGUUCUUCUCAAAGGGAACUGGGUCAUGUUGAACAUUAAAAUUCCUUUUUUUUUUAAUGUGAAUGUAGAGUUUACAUUUAUUCAACUGUAAUAAACCGUUAUGCAGAAAUUAUUAUGCAUAACUGAGUUAUUUUUCUGAUAUUUUGAACUGUAAUUUAGGUCAGUGUUUUCCAAUCUGUUUUUGUCUGUUAAUUAAGUCUAAUUGAGCUGUUAACUGAAUACUGAUUUUGACUUGAUGUCUCCUGACAGUUUUUUGCUAUACGUCAUUCUUUAAAGAUGUCAUUUUGGCUGUGGGAGGCAAAUUUUUCUGUAAGAUGUGCUUAGUUUAAAAUGGAAAGUACAGAAUAAACAGUAGCCAGUUGUAACAUUUUUUACCAGCACAUAACACAAACAAAAUAACACACUUCCCAUAACACUUUUUUUCUCCUACAAAACACUUUUUUUUAAUAGAUGACCAUCAGAGGUCAUCAAGUCCAUAACACUAUUUAUUUAACAGCUCUGUCAGAUUGAAUUUAUCAAGAGCUCUGUUGGUAUGGAAACUUGUUUAUCAGGUGCAUCCACUGGAAUAUAGCUGCCCUCAGGGUCUCAGUAUAUUUUUUUAUUAAGGCAUUAUGGUAUGUUGCUCUAGUAACACUGCAUCUGGGUGAAAUGAUUUCCUUUGGUUUUUGUAGCAAUGGUAAAAUGAGUUUUUAGCGUUUUCAAAGUACACAGUAAUAAAAGACAUGAGUGAUCAAUAGAAUUCACUCAUUUAAGAGUGUUUCACUUUACAAUAACCAGUAGAGUACUUCUUGUGAGAAAUAUUAAUUUGCUGUAUGUUUGUGGUUGCAGAAAAUGUAAAUUUAAUAGGACGUGGCACAUGGACCUCAUCGAAGUGGACAUGCUGCAGUCCUUUGUGAAUCCAUUUUCUGUGAAGGAUAAAUAACUAAAAGUGCUGCUGAUGCUUUUGCUUCCUGUAUUAGUGAAAGUUCUCAUUUACUACAUGUUUUUUACCUUUCCAGGUGUAUAUGAAAUUUUACAGACUUAGACAAGAUCACUUGAUCGCACAAGACCAUGCAUGCAGUUAAAAUAUUUGUUGGAUUUUAAUUUUUUUAAUAUAAUUUUUUCU